UCAGAAACUAUUGUAACAGAGCUCGUCAUCCCAAGACGCAGAAAGUUCGAAGUACGUGAGGCGAUAUUACGCCUUGGCUGGCUCAUUUAUUAAUUCAUCGGGACUGUUUUGCUUUGUUAUUACGCAAGUUUGAGAAGUCAAAGUACCUGAAAAAUGACGGUUGAGGCAAUGGAAACAUCGGAGUGUAAACCGCAUGUGCCAGGGCCGAACGCGGUUGAUAUAUCACCAAAAAAAGACAAUGGAGUUCUUAAGGAAAUUAUUAAAGAAGGAACUGGUUCUGAAACACCAGCUCCUGGAAGUAAAGUUUUUGUGCACUAUAUUGGCACUUUAACCGAUGGAACUAAGUUCGAUUCAAGCAGGGACAGAGGAGAACCUUUUGACUUCCAGUUGGGGAAAGGAACUGUCAUACAAGCAUGGGACAUUGGUGUUGCAACUAUGAAGAAAGGAGAAGUAGCUGUUCUGACGUGCAAGUCUGAAUACGCCUAUGGAAAAUCAGGAAGCCCACCAAAAAUCCCACCAGAUGCAACACUUGUGUUUGAGAUUGAGGUUAUUGACUGGCAAGGAGAAGACAUAUCGCCAAAAAAGGAUGGCAGUAUAACGCGAUACCAAAUUAUUCAAGGUGAAGGCUAUAGUAGUCCAAAUGAUGGGGCAACAGUUGAAGUUAAUUUGGUCGGUAAACACAACGGGAAUAUUUUCGAAGAAAGAAGCAUUACUUUUCCACUUGGUGAAGGAAGUGAAUACGGAAUCUGUGAAGGUGUAGAAAAAGCCCUGGAAAAAUUUAAAAAGGGAGAAAAGUCAAGAAUCAUCAUAAAACCAAAAUAUGCAUUUAAAAAGGAAGGCAAGCCUGACUUAAACAUACCAGGAAAUGCUGAAAUUGAGUAUGAAGUGGAACUAAAAAAUUUUGAAAAGGCAAAAGAAGCAUGGUCUCUAGAUGCUGAUGAGAAAAUUGAACAAGCAAAAUUUUUCAAAGAGAAGGGAACGAAUUAUUUUAAAGCUGGCAAAUAUGCAUUGGCUGUUAAAAUGUAUAAAAAAAUAGUGAACUUCUUAGAGCAUGAGACAGGCUUUGAAGAAGAGAAGGAACCAGAACGAAAAUCACUUCUACUGGCUGGACACUUAAAUCUUGCCAUGUGUUACCUCAAGCUUGAGGAACACUUUGAAGCACGUGAACAGUGUAACAAAGCUCUCGAGGUACAACCAUCCAGUGAGAAGGGAUUAUUUCGCCGUGGGCAGGCAUACUUGGGUAUGGGUGAACCAGAAUUGGCAAAAACAGAUUUUGAAGCAGUUCUAAAACUGGAACCAGAAAACAAAGCUGCAGCAAAUAAUAUUGUUAUUUGUAAUGUAAAGAUAAAGGAGCAGAGGAGUCGAGAGAAGAAGAUCUAUGCCAACAUGUUUGAGAAGUUUGCUCAGAGAGAUAAAGAGAAAGAGGAAGAGUGGCGGAGGAACCAGCCAGACGUGAUGAAGACAUUGGGAGAAUGGGGUCAGGAUGAACGAGAGCGAGAAAUGACAGACUUUGAACGUGAAAAUCCAAAUAUUUUAAUGUUAAAUAAAACUGGUGAAUUCAAGAAUAUGUAAAUGCAUAAUUUAAUAUUACACAAAAUUUCUGAUCUCAUCCCAAUUUCCACUCAUUUAAUGAACCUGGUAAUUAUUUGAUUGUGUAAUAAGAGAGAGAGAGAGUGUGUGUGUGUGUGUGUGUGUGUGUGUGUGUGUGUGUUUUGCUGAUUUAUAUUAAAUGUAUUGUAGACUUUGCCUGUUGCCAUUCAUCCAUUCAUUUAAUUGUUACAUAUAGUGUUCAUCUAGACAGAAGAGUAAUAAAGCAUUUAGCUUAUGUAGUAAAAGUGCAUAUGCCUUUUGCUGUUGUUGGUAAUUUUGUUGAGAAUAACUGUUAUGAAAUCACAGACAUUUCUGAUUAAGAAGAUAAUAGAUUUGUACAACAAUAUUUGUUGGUCAAUUUGUUUUUCAAACCAGUCAUGUAUCUCCAGGGUUAUGGAGUGCCCUUAAAUUUAAUAAACUGAAUACUUGAUUAUUAAGGGCUUCCAAGGUCCCCCCCCCCCCCCCCCCCCCCAUGAGUACUUGGUAAAAUCUCCUAUUAACUAGUCAAUGCAAACCACGUAAUAGUAGUAACAGUAGUGGUGACCAUAAAUAAAGAAAAAUUUUGCAGAUCUCAUUCAGAAGAAUUACCAGGUUUCCGCUUUGUUUUUCAGUUUGGGGACAGAGGCCAAAAGAUAUUAGGCUCUAGACUUCAUCCAUUGUCUAUGGACUGAAAUGUCAAGAGAACCCAACAACUUCUUUUUCAUUUGGAGUAGUUCUUUUUCUCACGGUGUUUCCUCGGAAUUGUUUAAGGCUUAACAUGCUUAUAAAAACAUGGACCAAAUUAGGUUUAUUAUAGUAGCCUUUGGUGAUGUACUGUAUCUCCAUGAUGAAUUAAAUUAACAAUUGGCUAUAUACUGCCUGACCUACCUAAUAUUGCCACAACCUAUGAACUUAUCUAAUGUUAAGUUUUUACAAACUGCAGGUUCCAGCAGCAUUCAUAUCUAGUUACUUUUCCGUGUUUUCCAUUAUGUUAGUAUUGCCAUUGGAUAUGUGGAGGUAAUUUUGAUGUGCUAUGAUGUGACAUCCUGUACACGUUUUCAGAGGACAAACUUUAGUGGAAUAAAAGUCCAUUGAAACCCCGCUUAUUUACUGAUGAUUCCUCCUGGAGUACUUUCACUUUUAUACAAACAUGCAUGAUGAUAACUUGAAUUUAUCAUUAAAUGAGGGAUUCCAUUCCUAUAAAAAUCCAUUAUGUAAUAGUGAAACUUGAAAACAUUUUGUCUAAUUUAAAGUUGUCAUUUACUUAUUUCACAUGUUGUGCUAUCAUUAGGGUAAGUAAUUAUUUGUGUGUUUAUAGAAAAUGUUACAGUGAAAUAAAAAAACUAGGAGAGUUACUUACUGGCAACAGUGCAUAAACAUUAUAGUAAAUAAAACAAAGCAUUUUGGUUGA